AUGUCAGAAAGAAUAUCCAUUGAUGUUGAGGAGAGGAGGUUGAAGCGCAAAAUGGAGGGGCCACCCACCUUGGCUGAAGAGGAGGAUUCAAAUCAUGAUCAGUUACUCGCUCUUGAACUUAACAUGAAUGAGUCUUCCUCCAACCCCACUUCCAAAUCCUUGAAACUCAGUGAGGAUUCAGGCUCUCCUCCAAAACAUGUUGAUCCCUCCAAUGACCAAGUGAAAGAAAAGAAUCAGCAUCAUUGCAAGUUUUGCAAGAGGAACUUCCCCAAUUCACAAGCCUUAGGAGGACACCAAAAUGCUCACAAGCGUGAGAGACUCAUUCAAAACAUGGAGAAAGAGAUGGAAAUGAACCCUUUUGGGUUUGGACCCAAAAAUAAUAACCUUCACUUUUAUCCAUAUUCAUUUUCAUCCAUGUCAAACCUUCCCUUCCAAGGGGCACCCUUUUAUCAAGGUGCCCACUUGCACCCCAUGGCACACGUGCCUAACAUGUCUUGGCCUUAUGCACCAACGGGCUAUGGCAGCAAACAAGGCUAUCCCUAUGAAACACACUGUUUUGGGAUGUCUAGUUCCUGGGGUGGAGGUUCUGCAACAACUCCAACGAGAUUGAACCCUGAGAGUCGGAAGCUUUUUUAUAAUAUUCCUUCACUUUUUGAAACUUCAUCUAGUCCCAAUGGUGGUUUUUUGGCUGACCUUAAGGGAAGUUCAAGUGUGUCAACUAAAGAUUCAUCUUCAGAGAAGCUUGACUUGUCUCUUAGACUCUGA